GUGGUUGUAUUUUUCAGCUUCGACGGUACCAGUGCUUGUAAUGGCUACACCCUGAAAUUGACCAACAUUAAGAACUGCGAUCCUGAUAACGUUCUAAAAAUGGCAGAAAAUUUUGAAGUGAUGUUGGACAAGGACUGCAAUUUGGUCUAUUCAGGAUGUGUCAAUGUUACUAAGCCUAUAAAAACCAGUCCGGGAACGUAUUUAAUGAAGAAACCCCCUUUACCAACCUUAGAUGGAGAGGUGGAUUUCUGCGAGGUUAUAGCAGGCGGCUUACCAACUAUUAAAGAAACUUUGGCUGCUAUGGGCGCACCGAGCAAAUGCCCUGUUGCCGCUAAGAACUACUGCUCCCUACCAAACAAAAAAGUCAACAUAGGACUGUUCAAAAACCAGUUAGGGUUGGCAGCAGGCACAAGCACUAUGAAGCUGAUGGCGAAUCACGACUCUGGAAAAAGCUGUUUAGAAAUGUCUAUCAAUAUAAGCAAGGCAAGAAAAGGUUAAAUAAAUUUAAAGUUGUGUUUUAAAACUUGUACCUAUUUGCAUAUCAAUUUUUAAAUAUUUCUUUUCAAUUUUCCCUGGAAAACUGUACCUUUAAUAUGGUGAAUAAAAUGUGAAAAUGAUAAAAAAAUAUUA